AGGCGUGCAAAAAAGGCGGGAACAAUUCAUUAACAUAUAACCUUUCACCCUUAACACCUCUAGGUAUGAUAUAGAGGCGGGUAAGAACAAUGUUCCAUUUGAGAUUUGAGCGGCAGUGUUGAAUGUACAUUGUGAGACAAUUCAGCAAACUCGACAAUUACUGACAUUUCAUUAACAGCUACUGGGCUAAUAGUGGACGACCUUCAAAGUUGCUGACACCUAGUCUAAAUGUGAAACUGCUUGACAUAGAACAAGAGUACCAGCAGGGACCAUUCCCUUCUUUUCAAAUCUGUUUUCCGUAUCGUUUUCAUCACCAUGCUGUGCUUUUCCAGACAGAUUAACUUUUUACUCGCGAUGGCAGUGUGUUUCGCGACACUCCAUGAGUUUGUGAUAGGAACUACAACACCUGCUUCAACAGAAUUAAGUGAGGACAGUUCAGAUACAGCCACAAUGACUCCGUUUAUGACGAGAGAUAGAAUCUCGAUUAUGCACUACAGGUAUAAAAUAGAACGUGCUUACAGGAGACAGGAAAUCCGGAACAAGGUCCUGGCGCACUUUGGAUGGACUUCCGUUCCUCAGAUCAGACCACGUGACCGGGAGAUCAUCAACAUCACACUGGCCAACAUCUCCUCAAUACGAGUCACUGAGCAGCAGUGCUUUACAGCAUCUUGUGAACUGCCUAACAGAAUUGACGAGAACAUGUGGAAUGAUUCCACGUCGGGGAGUUUGCGCGUUAUAUUUGAUGUUCUUCCCUCAGACCAAUCAACUAACCCUGAAAUUGUCAACGCCACUUUGAUGUUGCAUCUUAAGGAGAGAGUUUUGUGUAACUGUCCAGAUGAUGCAGAUUUAGAUAGGAUUUCUAUCAAGGUUCUCCAGUACCUGAAACCUCUUAGACGCCGAAGCAGAGCUAGAGGAAGAUCUAAUAGAUUAAACGUUGUCCGCCAACGAGUUCUUUGGACGUCGAUGGUUCCCUGGGUAUCAAAUACAUGGGUAUCAGUGCCUGUUCAUCAGGCUGCAAACGACUGGAUCGUCCUUAACCGAAGGAAUCAUGGGUUUGAAGUUCUUGUUUAUGACCAGUACGACCAGCCUAUUGAUUCAAGUGUCGUAUUUUCUGGAAUAGAAUGCCGACAGCAAGCAGAAUUAGAUUGUAUGGAAGCCUUCCUAGAUCUGAACCCUCUCCUGAGAAACACAAGUCCCAUACUUAGAGUGUUUAAAUCUGAAUCACCGUUCGUCAAUCAGAGGAAAAAGAGAGAGGUACUUAAUGAGUAUUCACAACCGUCACCAGUACGUCCAGAAGGAACACAAAAGUAAACAAUGGGUUUCCAUAAAGCAUAAACACCCAGAGACGAGAUUGGAAUUGUGACAUGAUUUGACAAAAAGAUUUCAAACAUUUUGGGGUCCUUAAGGUGCAAUAAAAUUCCUGGACAUGUGAACUUUUGUGUAAUGUCGUCAAAUUUGCAGAUCGCUAUCUGACAUUGCUUUCCAGCUUCUAUCAAUUUUGAGUUUGUUGGCAUACAGUGAACAAGUUUUGGAAUACUCUUUGGCUGUAAACUAAGUCUUUUAUUAUGAUAAACCAUUGCAAGGCAGCUAAUGACAUUUUAAGCAAUAGCAUUUAGAUGAACAUAAAUUUUUAACUCUUACGUCAAAGUCGAUUGCUUACUUACUACAUAACAAGAAUUACUUUCUUUUUAUAAUGCACGUCAAACGGUUAAUCAUAUUAAUGUACAGAGUUUUGUAAAUAACGUUUAUGGUGAAUUCCGCUUAUCAUCAAUACUGUCUGUUGAACAGAAAGUUUUCUGUAUCAAAGUAUCGUGUACUUAAAUUAUUCUACCUCAUCCCAUUACGUACAUGAAUUUGAUGUAUUUAUUUUUAAUGUUUGUUGAUUCAUUAAAACUAUCGCUGAUUGAUUGCAUUAUGUAUUUUGUUACUGCUUCAUUAAAGUUCUUGUAAUAUCAACAAUCAGAAA